AUGCGGGUGUCCUACCCGCUUCUUUCGCAGUUAGAAUGGCUUUCUUCCUUGAAAGCUGCACAGCUCCACAGGGUCGCUUUUCUAACGGGAACAGCGUCCUCCGGAGGAAAAGCCGUGGUAUCUGACCGGCUGGCGAAUGCAUUUGCGACCGCCAAUGCGGAAAUGCAGCCCAGCUCUAAAAAGGACGGGCCGCUGAGCAUCCUCAGCAUCGACAUGGGAAUUCGAAAUCUGGCCUAUGCGCAUUUACUUGUUGAGCCAGAGAUAAAUGAAAGCGGACAUGCAAAAUCUAAAGCAUUCAAGCCACCGAUACUCAAUGCAUGGAAUCGGCUGGUGAUCUCGGAUUUCCCAGAUCCUUCUUGCCAACCGUCUGGGAUAUUAUCUAGCCCUGGCCACAGCACGUCGAACAAACGCAAUUCGAGGUCUGAGGAUGAGGAGACAAAUGAGGCGAUCCUGAAAAAAGAAUCGUUUGCGCCGGAUCUCUACGCCGCACAUGCCUACACGCUUAUCAAAUCGCUAAUCUCGACAUACCAACCCACUCACUUCCUCAUUGAACGGCAGCGUUUCCGCAGCGGAGGAGCGAGUGCGGUGCAGGAAUGGAGCAUUCGGGUUGGCGUCUUCGAGGGCAUGUUGCACGCCAUCCUCUACGCGCUCAGACGAGAGUCCAACACGCUGGAUUUCAAAGUGCAGAGCGUGGAGCCACGACGGGUAGUCGACUACUGGAUACAAACAGACCCAGGCGCAGAAGCACCAGAGGCUGGGGGAAAGAGGAAGAAAGUAACAUCGAUGGAAGGCAAAAAAGCCAAAGUUGGCAUCGCUGGACGGUGGAUUGCUGCCGCUCUGCUGGACAGGGGAGGUGAGCAUGCGAAACUCGACCUCUCAACAAACACCCAGGUGAUGGGCAUGUCCAGGGCCUUUCUCAAAAAAUGGGGCAGAGGAAGAAAUAAGGAUGAAAUAGCCCUUGUCACAAAGGCGCUGCUUGAAGCAUCGUCGGUGGCAAAAUCGGAGGAGAAAUAUGACAGUCAUCAUGAUACCAGGCCUGAUAUUGGCAAAGUGGACGACUUAGCUGAUUGUCUCCUUCAAGGUAUCGCAUGGCUGGAGUGGCACGCUUGGAGGCGGCGAUUUAACGCGGAGGGUCCAGAUGCUAUGCCGCAAGCGGCAGUCGGUGGAUAA